AUGAAGAAAUUACCAAAAGUCUUAUUUAGUGGUAAGGUAUCUGAAAAUCAGCAUUUGGAUCACCUAGCUGAAAAGCUGGAGCAGAGUGAGAAUAAUGGUUCGAUUGUCAGUAGAGAGAAGAAAUUGGAAUUGUUUGCUCCCCAGCUUAUACCUUCAUCUCCAAAACCAUAUUCUUCAUUUCCCUCCCUAAAGCAAAAUUGGGAAGAAUAUCGGCUUCAGUGUUUAAAGUAUCUCCGAGACACCCCCCCUCUUGUGGAAGAAGGCAAGUUUUGCAACAGGACUUUUGACAACUAUGUCUGCUGGCCUGAUGGUAUUCCUGGCACCUAUGUGAAUAUGAGCUGCCCUUGGUAUUUACCAUCAGGUAACUCCGAUCCUGACUCACCAGGAAGACAGUUGUUAUUCCUUUCUGUCAUCUACACCACUGGAUAUGCUCUUUCUUUCUCAGCUCUUGUUAUCGCAACUGGCAUCCUCAUUUGGUUCAGGCAUCUGCAUUGUACCAGGAACUACAUUCACUUGAACCUUUUUACUUCAUUUAUCCUACGUGCUGUGUCCAUUUUCAUUAAGGACUCAAUGCUCACAUGGAUGUACAAGACAGCCCCUCGUCAACAACAGUGGGAGAGUGUAAUUUCCUACCAGGAGUCACUUAGCUGCCGCUUGAUCUUUGUGAUGAUGCAAUAUUGUGUGACUGCAAACUAUUACUGGCUACUGGUGGAAGGAAUGUACCUGUAUACUCUACUAGCCCUCUCAGUAUUUUCAGAGCAGAGAAUCUUUCGACUUUACCUUUGUGUUGGCUGGGGUGUGCCAAUGCUGUUUGUAAUCCUCUGGGGAAUUGUCAAGUACCUUUAUGAAGAUGAGGGCUGUUGGAAUAAGAAUCUGAACAUGAACUAUUGGCUGAUCAUCAGGCUACCUAUUAUGGUUGCUAUUGGGGUGAACUUCCUGAUCUUUAUCAGGGUUAUUUGCAUUAUAAUUUCUAAGCUGCAAGCCAAUCUAUUGCGCAAAAGUGACAUAAAAUGCAGAUUGGCGAAAUCUACUCUGACUCUGAUCCCACUUCUGGGUACACAUGAGAUCAUCUUUGCUUUUGUUACUGAUGAGCAUGCCACGGGGAUGCUGCGGUUUGUGAAGCUUUUUUUUGAACUCUCUUCUUCUUCUUUUCAGGGGCUUUUGGUGGCAAUUCUCUACUGUUUUAACAAUACGGAG